AACACUGCGCAUGCGCCGGUGAUAGGCGGAAGGCGGUUCAGUUCAAACUUUAAGAGAAAGAAAUAUUCAAACGUUAACGGACGGAAGGAUAAGCGCAGAUAAUAGUUUCGCGAUUAUUUCGCGAGGCGGAAGAAUUUAUGUAUAUCUAGCUGCCUGCUGUUCUCCAGUUUCUUCAAUGGAGCAGAAAGAGACACAGAAAUUCGGGCAUGACCUUGAAGGAUUGUCUAAAAGAAGACUUUCAUCGAUUCUAAAAACUACGCGGCCAUCAAUGAAAGUGUUCGGAAAUGAUCAGGAUGAAAACCAGGAGGAAACUAGACCAAUCGAAAAACGACGAAGUUCACGAAGAGUCAGUUUUGCCACUACAAAUAAUAUUCAUGUCUUCCCAAAAGACAUUAAGGCUGAUCCUGCAUUGGCUCCCAUCCAUAACUUAACAGUUGGAGCCAAUGAUGGACGGAAUGAGAAGUUGCAGUGCUUUGAUACCAGUGAAAAACAUGAAACUAUGGGAUUGGACACCAUGCUAACCACACCCAUCCAUUUUGCACUAAACAAGGAGAAUUUCUUCCCUCAACCAAUUUUACCACUUGACUCUGUGGACAGAACUGUGUUACUUGGGGAGAACACUGGGUACAUGGACAUGACUCAGAGUCAAACAAUUGCAAUUGACAUGGAGGAUGAAUUUAAUCAAGAAUUUACCCUGAACAUGUCCAGUGUUUGUGAACCUCACAAGCUCAAUAGUCAGAAUGGUAUGCCCUGUAAAACCUUUGGCACUAUGGGAAAAAAUGCGAUGCAUUCGGAAUUCAAUGACUUUCUUGCUAGUUUAUCAAAGACAAGUGCCCAAAAUGUUUCUGCUCCAUUUUCAAAGAAAAACAAUGAUCAUUUCACUUUGGAAAAUACAAGCAAUGCAAAAAUUGACAAGGAGAAUGUUCUACCAACUUGUUUGCCCAAGCUUGCGAUUCUUGAGAGGGACCAUAUGGACAUGACCAAUAGUCGCACUGUUAUAAUUGAGGAAAGAGAGGCUUUUCAGCAUUUUCCUUAUUCUGUCGGUGGAAAUCCUAGAAGCACAAAUAGAGGGUCCUCUUCAAAUUAUUUAGAUGAGAUGGAGCUCACUCAUAGUCAGACUGCUACCAUCAAUGUUAAAGGCAUGGAAAAUGCAUAUCACAGCAUGCCCUAUGUGGAUCAAAAGAAAUGUAAAUUUGUCAGUGAUGACACCAGUGAAAUGAUUAUGACGCAAGUUUUGGAUGAAUAUGUUCAAGAUCAAGAGCAGUUAUCUGAACAAAAUAUAGCUGACCACUUUCAGAGUAAUGUCUCAUUUGCCCAAAUGGCUGAUUCUGAUGAUAUGGAAGUAACCAAAUCACAAACUGUUGUCCUAGAGACCAAAUUUGAGGGAGAACCUUUUUCCAACUCAAGUACAGUUUCAGCUUGUGUAUCUUCCAUUACUGGCAAUGCUGACAGAACAAUAAUGAAUACGACACAGUCAGGAAAUAUAACUCCAGGUGCCCUUGCAGCAAGCAAAACUGGAGAGUGCAAAAGAAACGUGACUCUGGCAACACAUACUGUGUUUCACAAUGAUCAGAGUGACUUUAUGGAAUUGACAUGUCAAGCCUCAACUGGUGUUUUGUCUUCUAUUCUAGAUGAAUCUGUAUUAAAAGGAUGCAGUAAUGUGGCCAUAGAUUCAAAACCUAUUUCAACAACAAAUGUAAUGAUGUCAAAACCACAGGCAUCCUUCAUGCAACUGCCAUCAGUCUCUCCAGAAGUGAACAGGGCUGAACAUUUUAAAAGUGAACUUCCACUGUCUCACAUGGCUGAUGAUAUGGAAAUGACACAAUGUCAUACAGUAGGUGAUGAUCUGGGAAAGACACACCAUACAGUAUGUGAUGAUAUGGAAAUGACACAAUGUCAGACAGUUGUCCUUGAGACCAAAAGCUGUGAUGACUACAAGCCAUCUGACAAAUCAAAGAAAAGGAUAUCGCUUGUGUCAACAUCUUUUAGAACUACAGGUAUGACCAACGAACACACUGGGCACAUGGAACUGAACAGAUAUCCAUUUUCUAAGAGAACAAAGACUGAGAACUGUGUGAUACCUACAGCACAGAAGUUUAUUCUCCAGGAUCUGUCUGACUGUAUGCAAAUACAGCAGGGCACUCCUUCUGACAUGUCUGUUGUACAUGAUGAUAUGGAACUGACAGGAUGCAAGACUUUGACUAUUGACACAAAAACCUCGGUAACAAGUCCUUCAAACAAGGCACAAAGCACACCAUGUGUGUUAUCUUCCAGUCCAACCAUAAACAAAGUGAAGAGGUCUGAAUCAAUCCAUGAUAAACUUGGAACAGUGCUUGCUUCACAUGCUGUAGACUGCAAAUCACCAAUUCCUGUAAUGGAUUUGGAUGCUGUAAAUCUUGUAGACAAAGAGGCAGUAUCAGAUGCAGCUGCCAUGGCCUUGGCCAGAGAUCAGACAGUUAACACAAAAACUGACCACAAAAACUAUAAACCUUCAUGUUUUAACAAUGUGAAUAAAAAUGUGUCCCUUAAUUCAACUGUCAAAAAUGUAGAAUCCUCUGAGGAAGACUGUAAUAUGGAAAUUACUAAAGCUUUUACAGUGCCCUUAGAAGAGCAGUGCUGUGUUGCAUUUAAUCAGGAAGAAAUGGCCAGAGAAACUGUGAAGACCGCACCUGUAACCACUGACCAAACUAUAUUUAAAGAAAUGGACCAUACAUUGCCAAUAAACAACAAAACCGCUUCCUCUGCCAAAAAAGAAGGUUAUGUAUCUGAGUCUGAUAGUGACACUUUGAAAAAAGAACAUUCGAGCUCUAUUGAAUCCCGACGAAGGAGUCUAGCCGAUCUACAAGUGAAACUUCAAAAUAUUUCACAAUAUAUUAGUGAGCCAGAUAGAUUGUUGGCUGGAAGUGUUACUGCACCUCUAGUUAGCUUCACAGUGGUGUCUCCAGUUGAAAAACAUUCUGAAAUAGACAGUUCCUUACAGCCUUCCAAGGAAACUCAGCUGCUUGAAAACAAAAUUAACUUGGCUCAUAAAGAGGGCACCACACCAUUCAAACUCAAGAAUUCUCUGAUGGCAAGACUGUCAGUUGGUGGUAUUAUGCCAAAAUUUCCUCCACGAGCAAGACCAGCAUGUCCAAACCAAACAGAGCCCAAAAGCACUAAUGGCCUUCAAGGUCUUCAACUGCAGACAUGUUUCAUUGCUGAAACAUGUCAAAACAUGAACAUACAAUAUGGCAGCGAUGAAACUGAUCUCCUUGAUGAAGUGCUUCCUGAAGAAGAUUUCUCAGGUAGUUUGGUCAGCUAUCUGAGCAAAAACAAAGAGCAAGAAGUCACUACUGGGGUUCAGUUGAAUGAGGAUGCUAUUGAAUAUGAUCACAUGGAGUCUGUCAUGAAUAUAAACCAAUCUGAGAAAAUGCCACCUGAAGAAAAUGAUGCAACCAUGAAAGACACCAGUGAAAAAUUGUGGGACAGUACCUCUGCAGCUCAGAAUGCCCCAACUCAUAUGGUAAAGAUAAUAGAUGACACCAACUCCAGCAGCAAUUCCACCAUGAUGAAAUGCGAAGGAGUCUCUGAAUUAACCCUAAGAAACUCACAGCUCGAUUCACAGUGGAUCACAAUGGAUCACGAAUUUGAUUUCUAUAAGAAACUUGAAGACGGAAGUGUUACAGUGAACGAGCUCCUAACACAAUUUGGUGCCAAAUUUGUAAUCCACCGAUCAAGACCCAGCGCUCUUCCUGACAAUUUUAGAGCUGCAGAAACUUACACAAUGGAGGACUUGCUUAGAGAAAAAUACAUACACCGUCCUAAGCAGAAAGUCUAUGAAGCAGAUUGCCAGAACCUCUCAGAGAUGGCUGAAGGAUUUAAAACACAGAUGGCAGAUCAAGAUAAACCACUGAGAAGUAUCAAUGGAACACUGCUGCAAGAUAUUUGUGCUUUCUCAAAAGAGCAGCUACAAAGAUUUGGUGCCAAGUUGAAGGAACGAAGAGUGCACUUCCGAAAACGAAGGAAGGCAAUUUCCCAUAAAAUUAAGGAAAACUUGUAUUCUGAGCUUUUAAAAACAACACAGGAUGCAAAACAAAGUCUGAUGGCUAAACUCACGGAGACAAGUGAGAUGUUAGAAGAACUAGAUGGAUGUAUAAAUGACUUGGAGUCUGAGUUGAAUGGGAUGAAUAACAUCGUCAUGGGAGACCAACAUUCCCUCCUCAGACUUGAACCUGUUUUGAAGGCAAAGCAAGAACAACUUGAUGCUCUUAAUUCAGAAGUUACUGAGAAAGAAAAACAAAUCUAUAAGCUUGAACUUCAAGCUCAAUCUUUGGAGGACACACGGGACAAAGUUCAAGAUGAAACGAAGGAACUGGAAUGCCGUACAACAAAUCUGAACAGUCUGAAUGAGUGGCGAUUCAAUCCUGGGGAUAAAAAUGGGAUUGUUUUUACCUUUCUUCAUGACACUGUGCAGCUGGUUGUGAAACACAAAAAGGCCACUGAAGAAUGCAUGCAAGAAGAUGUGGAUGUGGACAUAUCGUUCAAAUUUCUACUGAAUGCUAAAAGCUCACAGCCGAGUGCAGUCAUGGUCCACAAACUGCUCAUAGAAAACAUCGACUCUCAAGCUAAAUGGAUCCAGAAGUACUCAACAACUCAAAACAUACCAAUGUUGCUACAUAACGUCAGUGUGGUGGUGAGCCGACUUCGACUCUUGGGUGAAGAAAUCUAUAGGCUGAAGAAGUGGGGAGGUGUGAGACUUGGAAUCUUGCAUAUUACUUGUGUGGAUACAUUAGUUGAAGUCAUGUUCUCUAGCGUCAGGGCAUUUGUUAAGUUUGAGCUAAGCCUGGCUGUUACCCCGGAUUAUCCAUUCAGGCCUCUGCAACUGCAGAGGUUCCAAAAUCACAUUGGUGACACAAGGCUGGAGCAAGUCAAAGACAUCAUAUCCUCUGUAAGACCAGCCAAGAACUAUCUCACCACAGUCAUGAAGAGGAUUCAUUCUAAUCUGCUGGGUUAAGACCUGUUUUUUUUUUUUUUUUUUUUUUUUUUUUUUUUUUUUUUUUUUUAAAUGUUUAUUCCAUUCAUGCAUGUAAAAAAAAAAAAAAUGUUAAUGUAAAAAAACUUUACAUCUGAUUUAUAUAAUUUCUAACUUUUUUAUUGAAUAGUGAGCACAGAGUUAGGGUUUAAUAAAGGGUUAGACUUGA